AUGGAAAGCAGAACGCAUCAUGACUCAACUGGAAUUUCUGUCCAGUCGGCAGCAAAUACGUGGAGCCUUCUUGCGCCGACUGGUGGGGUCCAAUCAAGAGAAGAAUGUGGUAGGGGGGGGGAGGCAGCUGGAUCGAUCGAAGAGGCCUAUAUAAGAGCGCUUCAGGAGGCACUGGCUAUCACAUCAGCCAUGCCAGACCCGUGCUGUGGAACAGGGCAAGGUAUGCUUGCCAAGGAGCCAAAUGCAACUGCACGAACUGCAACUGCGGGAAGGACUGCAGCUGCAGCUGUACAAAGGGCAAGAAGUGAAUGUUGCGCAAUAGUUGUGGAGAUGGCGCUGCGAUCGACACAGCUCGUUGGAGCCUCUCCAUAGAUUUAUCCCACCCACUCAUUUCAUUUAAAUGUCUCCUAUUGUUAUCAAAUAUAUUUUUUUUUAAUUGACUCCCUUAUUAUCUCUCCUCAUUCCUAAGAUUGUGACUAAGGCAUCAUCGUUUAUCUCUAAUUAAAAC